UCAUGUCUUAUCAUCAAAGAGUGUCUUGAUACAAAAAAGGUUGAGCACACCUGAUCUCCACCUCUGAGUCUGUCGAAUAAACAGAAUUUCAUAAUUCUUUCUCAGAGAAUGAUGUGAGUUUUUGAGAUGACAUGAAUGAGCAGCAUGAACAGUCACAGAUAACAAAGAGCACAAAAAACGACUCUCAUAUCAGCACUUUUUGUGACGUGACUUUGGGGAUUUUUUCUUCUCUCUUGAUUAUUUAUUUAAAAAUUGUAAAUAAACCUUUCAGUUUUAAUUUGUAUUUUUGAGAAUAAAGAUGAAAAUUUUAAUAAUUUUAAUUAUUUUUGUUGCACAAAGUUCAGCUUUUUUUAAUUAUUUAUCACACUUUAAGUUCAUUGGCAGCAGCUACAAAGACUUUAAAUCACUUUAUGUAGUCGGAAAGUUCAAAAAAAUCAACAACACAACUUAUUUUGAUCCAGAGAAGCCAAGUGUGCUGAUUAUUCAUGGAUGGAUGAAUAAUUAUAGAUUUAAAAUGGCUAAAACUUUAGUUGAUGCCUUUUUGACCAGACCUGAGUAUAAUUUAAUAUUUGCUGAUUGGGGAUCAACGGCUAUUGAUUUGGAUUAUAGAGAUGCUGUUGAGGCUGUGCCUGGAGUAGCCAAAGUGUUCCUACUACUCCUUAAUAAGAUGUCAGAAAGCUACGAUUUGACCAAAAUUCAUGUUAUUGGUCACAGUUUAGGUGCACAAGUUGCUGCUAGACUCGGUGAAAAGCUCAAGGCUAUGAACAUUACAUUGUCAAGGAUUACUGGACUAGAUCCUGCUGGUCCCUUAUUCACUAAAGAAGACCCAAUCGACUCCAAAACCAUGAAAUUUUUUAAAAACCGUGUUUCACUUCACAUCCUUAAAACAUUAUCCAAAGGAAAUGCUGAAUUUGUGGACAUAAUCCACUCAAAUGCGGGACUUUCUGGUUCAAAAAUUCAAUCUGGUGACCUCGAUUUCUGGCCUAAUGGUGGAUCAUUUCAGCCAUCAUGUGCUGCAUGCAACAAAACUAAAAAUUCAACAAUGAACUCCUUUAAAUGCCGCAAAUGUAGCCAUUCUGCUGCUUAUAAGCUAUUUGCUGAGUCUGUGAAAAGCAAGGACCCAAUUUUUGUGGCUUUUAAGUGCCCAGAAAACUCAACAGAAUUUUCAGAACAAAAUUGUCAAGGACCUGAAUCGACCAUAAUGGGAUUUCAAGCUAGUAAAAAUUCAACGUCUGGAAAUUAUUUUUUAAAGACUUUAGAGGAGGUUGGACAUGAUGUGGAUGACGAGGAGUGAUUGUAGUGUUUUUGGGAUCAGAGUGGGGGUUAGAAGUUUGUUAAGGGAGAGAGGGGGAGGAGGAAAAUAGGGGGGCAAGUCACACACUAACCUUCACUUACCUGAGUAUUAUUGUCAUUAAAACUUAUUUAUUCUAGAGUUUUGAGGUUAUGUACCUGAAUUCUGUUUAAAAACUUACGAUUUAACCUUCAUGUUCAUUCUGAUUCAGAAUCUGCUUUAACUCACAUCUGAAUAGGUUGAAUCGUCAUUAAAAUUUUAAUUUUGAGGUUAAGUAACUUAAUCAUGGUCAAUUCAACAUCGUCAAGUGUUCUAAUAGAUAAAAUUGAUGUCUGUCAAGCUUCAUCAACGCAGGAAGCUUCAAAAUCAACUUUUGAAGUCAAUGUAGCAACCAAGUCAUCGAAAAAAUCACAAAAAUCAUCAAAAAGGACCAAAAGAACAUCAAAAAGAUCCAAAAAAUCAUCAAAAAAAUUCACCAAACCAUCCAAAAUCUUCAAAAAACACAAAAAAUCAAACAAAAAAGACUUCAAAAUCAUCAAGAAGCUUCAACAAAACCAACAAUCACUCCAACUGGAGCUCAAUAAUUUGUUAAAGGAGCGACAAGUCCAGCACAAAAAGAACAUGAUAAAGAUUGCAAAUUUAAGAAGACAAGAAAUCAUUUUGACAGAACAAGUUGUGAAUCAUGAGCAACAAUACCGAGACUAUCAAAAUUUAACCAGGCAUAUGAACUCGAUUAUUGACAUGUUGUCGAGCAGAAUUCAAAAUUAAAUAAAUUGUUGGCUUAACUAUUUUU